AUGGCAGUUGUCAGGCAGCGCAGACAGAGGAAUCUGCAACUCCCUUUACCAGAAUCCGACCGUUGCCCACGUUUCCCCUUACCUCUCCCUCCAACUACCGCCCCCUCUCGCAAUUCUGCCGCCGUGACAGCCGCCAUAACAUGCGCAGACUUGGACAGGCUACAAGUCCUCGGCCACGAAAAUGGUGGAACUGUCUACAAAGUCUGUCAUAAACGGACUGACAAGAUAUUUGCUUUGAAAGUUGUCCACGGCGAGAGCGACUCCACCCUUUGCCGCCAAGUCUUCCGCGAAAUGGAAAUCCUCCGCCGUAUUGACUCUCCUUUCAUCGUCCAGUGCCACGGCGUUUUCGAAAAACCUUCAGGGGAUAUUGCCAUGGUGAUGGAGUACAUGACGCCGGCACUCUCGAAACAUUACUGCAAAAAAAGGGGACUUUCUCUGAAGAAAAACUCGCAUGCAUGGUUUCUCGCACUCACUGUAUAA